AUCUAGAAACCAGAGCUCAGAAGAUUUCCUGAAAAGAAAAGAAGUCACUGAGAUGGAGGACUGUGAUGAAAUUUUGGAAGAACCUGACAGUGCCCCCCCGGGUCAAAGAAAACACCAGAACAUCCAACCACGGGCGUCAGAACCAACAAGUAUGGGCAUCCCAGAGAGUGGCAGGAGUGUCCAGCGGAGUGGUCCAGUGGGUGAACACAUUGAUGACCAGAAGAGAAAACCAGGAGAUAAAUCUUAUGAAUCAUCCAAAACCAAUGACAACGAAACCACAGAUGAUUACAUAAGUGGAAACAAGAAGACACUGCUUGACAGACUUCAUCUUCAAGACAAAGUUGAACAGAAGUUGUCACCAGCAAAUUUUCUUCAAAUACGUCCACCUGGGAAACAGACGGACCAUGUAACAUCUGAGAAAGAUCUAGCUCACACUUUUCUCCAUAGGCUGAUAAUGUUGGACUACAGGGCCAGAUAUAUUUCUGUAAGACCAGACAGUCCUGAGUCAUCUGACGACAUGAAGUCAUCUAUGUCAUUAUCAAUCUCUGACGACACUGAGAUAGAUGAUGACAGUUAUCUAGAGGAUUUCUUGAACACCACUGCAGACAUAAAUAAGAAAGAGAAGGAUCGUGUGCAUCCAAUGGAUGUUCAGAUGGCAGUAUUUCACUGUUCAGACAGCUUCCUGAAACAGAUGAUGAUUACAAAGCUCUUUCAGUGUCAGUAUGCCUUACCUUUGCUUGUUCCUGACCCAGUCACGGAGGAGAUUCAGUUUCCUCUGUGGACUUUCAGAGAAAUAACAAAAACCUGGAAGGUAACUCAGUCUGAUUCAGACAUUGUCACCAUGAAGAGUGUUCCAGUCUACAAAGCUGAAACACGCUUGGUGUCAUUUUUCCGCCUUGGUUCUUUGUCAGUGUCUAAAUCUCAGCUGAUGAACACUUUGAUCAACAACCGUCACGACACCUUCUUCCACAGAAGCUCCCCAGGAAGCACCAAAAACUCCUCAGGAAGCACCAAGUCUCGCUAUUUGAUGGAUGGUGUGGCAGAGAUUGCCUGGUACUGCCCUGCUGGAAAACCUAAUGAUGACUUCAAUGACUGUAUUGCCUUUUGUAAUCUCCAUGGUGAUGCUCUACUGAGUGAAAAACAGCGUGACAUACUGAUUGAAAAAUCCUCCAUUAAUAUUUUUCUUCUGGCAUCUCUGCAAAGCAAUAAAGAAAGUCGAUCACUCAUAUCAUCUCUUUUUAAGUCUCAUAAGCCUCUCAUUUGUCUCACAGUUAAUGAGAAUUGUGAUGCUGUUAAGACAAAAAAGGGAAAGUAUAUAAUGGGCCUCAAAGACAAAAGCCACUCAGAUGUAUCUGAACAGCUGAAAAUGAUCAUUAGAGAGGUUUUUUCUUCUCUCGAUGGUCCCAUCUUGAAACCAUCCUUUCAGCUUGAAACCAUGUUUGAGCUCUCUAGAAUCAGAGUGGAUGAAACUGACCCAGCCUGUCAAAGAGGGAAAUCGGCUGCUGUGAAAAUAAUCAAUAUGCUUAAAAAGGAUAACAUGGAUGUCUCAAAGAUCAAAGAUGAAUUUCUCACUUGUCAAGGCCAACUGUGGCAUCAGUGGAGCAAAAUACACAGAGAACUGUUUCAUCUCAGCGGAAACAUUGAAAUGGAAAAAAGUCAAAAGCAACAAGAACUGAUGAACAUACGUCAGGAACAAUGUGCUGCUUCCUGCAGUAAACUGGUGCAGUUGUUCACUGGAAGUCUCUCAUCAUUGCCGCCAACAGAGAAAAAGUAUUUCCUAAAAUGGACUCAGAUCUUAACAGAUGCCCUCUCCACAGAUGAUGUUUCUUCAAUUCUCAAAAGUUAUGAUGAAAAGUGGUCUGAGGUCUUGGCUUUGAAGAACAAACCGAACAAAUCAGAUCUGUUAUUAAAAACACAAUCUGACCUUGAAGACAUAUCAAAAAAACUUCAGUCUGCAACUUUUGGUUUGGAGCACAUCUUCAGAGAAAUGGGUCAGAUCUAUGAAGCCCAUAAAACAACACAAAGAGAGAGCAGACACACUGACUGGUCUAAAUACCCUGAGCUGGCUGCACAGCUGAUGAUAUCAGGACACCCGAUAGAGCUGAUGGAUGGUGAUGCAGGUCAUGUGCCUUUAACAUGGAUCUCCAGUCUUUUAGAAAAAGUCAUCAAGAAACUGGGGGACCAGAGAGUUUUUGUGUUGUCAGUUUUGGGCCUACAAAGCAGUGGAAAAUCAACAAUGCUGAACACCAUGUUUGGGCUGCAGUUUGCAGUGAGUGCAGGCAGGUGCACCAAAGGUGCCUUCAUGCAGCUGCUCAAAGUAUCAGAGGAGAUGAAGAAAGACUUGAAGUUUGACUAUGUUCUAGUGGUGGACACUGAAGGACUGCGUGCUCUUGAGUUAGAAGGUAACAACACUCUUCAUCAUGACAAUGAACUGGCAACACUUGUUGUUGGUCUGGGAAACCUGACACUGAUCAACAUCUUUGGAGAGAAUCCUUCUGAUAUGCAGGACAUCCUGCAGAUUGUUGUUCAGGCUUUCAUGAGGAUGAAGGAAAUUGAACUUUCUCCCAGUUGUGUGUUUGUUCACCAGAAUGUCACAGAUGUUGCAGCAGCAGAGAAAAACAUGGAUGGAAAGAGACGCCUGCAGGAAAAACUGGACCAGAUGGCCAAACUAGCAGCCAAAGAGGAAGUUUGUAAUGCAGAGUGCUUCAGUGAUGUCAUUAAAUUUGAUGUUCAGAAAGAUGUGAAAUACUGUGCCCAGCUGUGGGAGGGCAGUCCACCCAUGGCUCCUCCAAAUCCAGGUUACAGUGAGAGCAUCCAGGAAGUGAAGAACACCAUCCUCUCUAAAGCUUCAAAGUCUGCUGGGAUCACUCUCUCACAGUUCAAAGCAAACAUUGAAGACCUGUGGACUGCACUGCUGAAUGAAAGUUUUGUUUUUAGUUUUAAAAACACACUUGAAAUUUCAGUUUACAGAAAACUCGAAGUCCAGUAUGGGAACUGGACCUGGACCCUGAGGAGCAACAUGUUGACCAUUGAAAAUCAACUUCAUAACAGAAUUAAAUAUGAAAAACUUGAUGAGGUUGAACAAUCUUAUCUUUUUAAAGAAACAAGUAAAACAUAUGAAGAAGUCAAAAAAGAAAUGAUAAAGUACUUUGAGGAUGACAAAGACAGAGAGAUCUUGGCUCAGUGGAGAGGACGAUUUGAAAUCAAAAUUAAGGAAUUUCAUGAUGAACAAGUGACCAGAGUGAAAGUAAAACUGGAUGGAGUUAUCCAGCAAAAGAAAGCUUGUAAAAUGCUGGAUGGGAAGAAAUCAGAGUUUGAGAACAAACUGCUACAGAAGAGCAAAGAGCUCGCUCAGCAGCUGAAGGAUAAGGCCAAAGAUGAAGAAGAGCUUCAACAACAGUUCAGCUCUGUUUGGAGCGGCUGGGUUACUGAAUUAACAGCAGAUACAAAACCUGUUGAAGAAAUUAACUUGGAAAAAGAUCAGUUAAAAAUCCUUCAAGAACUUCGUUUGGAGCCAACUCUCAUACAUGAAUGUAAAACAAGUGGCAGAUACAAGAAAAUAUCACAGGUUGGUGAUUAUUCAGUUUAUAGGGAAAAAGUUUUGUCAUUUAAGAAACUAAUCUCAGGUAGUGCUUUCUCCCAUGAAGACCAACAACAGGUCAGAUCGUUCAUUGACCAAGUGGAAAAAGAGUCACUUGAUGCAAUCAAAAGCAAACCUGUAGCCACAAGAGGCUACACAUCAACUUACUUGAUUCAAGGGGCCAAUCAUGUAACAGAAGAAGUGCAGAAAUUUCUGUCAGAGAAGAAAUACACUUUGAAGAAGGAGUUUACAGUUGAUCUCUUACUGUAUGUGUUCUACAGGGCAGAAAGUUGGCUUUUGGAGUCCCACAAGAAAUUUAAAAUGAACAAUGAUCCAAUCACUUAUUUAGAAAGCAAGAAAACACAGUAUUACACAGUUUUUAGAAGCUUUUGUAAAGAAAACUCAUCUGCUGUUGUGCUUGGAGAACUCAUGUGUGAAAAGCUGAGAGUUUCCACUGUUGAGGCUGUCUGUAACAAGACUGCCAUUGAUCUCGCUGGAAGGAUGAGGUGUAAUUUCCCAGCAUUCAAAGAGAACAGACUGAACUUGGAGAAACAUGUGUUGAAGUCACUCGCUGAGAAAAAAGACUUUGAUGAUUUCAUCACAUACAUCACAAAUCCAAGGAGACAAACAAAAGCUUUCAUCAAAGCAGAGGUUGAGAAGUACAUCUUCAGAGAUCACAAAGAUGAAGCUGUGAAUAUACUCAAGAAAAAUGUUGAUGACAUCAAAAAAAGUGUGACUCAAGCGUUAUUUACUGCAACACAAAAAGUCGGAAAUCAGAGAGGAGACACAGAAAUGUGGCUGAAAGAAUUUUCUAAUGUCCUAAAGGAUGAGCUGACAUUUGAAAGCAUUUGCUCUGAAAACUUCAGCGACAUAAAAGAUUUUGAUUUCCUCAAGGAAGAGAUAGAAAAGGGAUUUACAUCCAUCAUUAAGCAGAUGAGCAGCCUCUCCCUGGAUAAGAUGAAUGAAUCCAGGCAGAAGCCUGAAGAAAUCCUCAUAGAUCAGCUUUGUGAUUGCUGCUGGGUAAAGUGUCCAUUCUGUGCAGCUGUUUGUACCAACACCAUGAAAGAUCACAGUCCUGAUGACCACAGCACUCCUUUUCAUCGACCUGAUGGGAUAAAGGGAUGGUACUAUAGAAAAACUAAAGUCCUCAGCAUCAGUUUCUGCACAACAAAUGUUGCAAGUAAUCUCAAUUUUCGCCUGGAGUCUGAUUCAGAGAAAGCCAUUCCCUACACACAGUACAAAACUGCUGGUCCACCGUAUAAUACCUGGAGAAUCACCGCUGAUGAGUCUAAACUGGCAUAUUGGAAAUGGUUUGUUUGUCAAUUUCAAACGAAACUGGAAAAUCACUAUGGGAAAAAGUUCCAGGACAGUGGAGCUAUUCCAGACCAAUGGAAAAAAAUAGGUGAACCUGAAGCCAUUAAAAGUCUGGAUGAAAUGUUUAAAUGAGCCAAAGAAACUGCAAAUCUGCUGAAAAUGACGAUACUUGUUUUGACCCAAUAACUCGUGAAUCCAGCUGUGACAGUCUGAUUUUGUCUGAGUGAGAAAAAGGAAAUUCUAUAGAUUAUUAACAUGAAGAUGAUGUUAUGAGUGACUAUAAGUUAAUUCACAAAAAAUACAAAGUGAAAUACAAAAGUCACAUUCUCAAUGUUUCGUCCAUCUAGGCUUUUCCAGAGUUUUCCAGAUAAAUACAUUUUAACCUAAUUUUGUUAAUUAGCAUAUCAUUUACCUGUUUAUAACAAAGAUUUUUUUGUUUAUCAAAUAGUUAAAGAUGUAAGGAAACUAAAUCAUAAAACUGCUGUCAAACAAGUGUUAACACUCUUUCAUCAUUAAUUUCAAACAUUAAAUCUGAAACCACAACAAAAACAUCAUUUUUUGUAAUUGAGUGGUGAAAUUUUCGAUUUGAUUUUAGAUUCAAUGUUUAAGUUAAAGUUUAUUCUCACAGAUAUAUGAUUUGAGAUCUAUUUGACUGUCUUAUGCUAAUUUCAUCUAAACCUGUUAUAUCCACACUGAAUUUUGUUUAACUCGACUUUUAUUUCAUCUCAGCUUUUUUUUUGUCUCAGCACUGGAGUGAUUUUUUUAAUUCUUUGUUAGCAUUUGCAAAUGUUUAGCGUGUUUAGUCAAGUGAAAAAAGACAGCUGUCAACAGUUUGAACACCUUUUUGUUUUCUAU